UGUGUACUACGCGUUCACUAGACAUUUACGUGCAGAAUUUGCACGUUAAUUGUUUUUCAAGAUGAUAAAGUACUUGGAAGAAGGUGAAAGAUUAAAAGAUAAGUCUAAAUGUGCUCAUUUGCGUGCGAGUUUAAAGAUGUGUAUGUUGGAAACGGAUUGUUGUAAAAUUGAAAGGCGAACGCCCAGAGAUUGUUUACUGAACAAAGAUCCGUCUGUUCCUGACCAAUGUUACGCAUUGCGUCAAUCGUUUUUCGAAUGUAAACAUUCAAUUAUUGAUGGAAGACGAAGAUUCAGAGGACCCAGGGGUAAUUAAUGACAUCUUAUCAACCUUGUAAAGAAAUAAAAGAAAAAAAGUGAAUGACAUAA